AUGGAGUCCACAUUAAAUAGGCAGCAAAAUUUAAUGAUUUGCACGAGUACUAAGAAUUUGGAGAGCAAAAAGCUAAAUAAAAAUUCAUCAACUCAAAAUUGUUCAAAAAGUGUUCAAUGUAUAUCACCAAUUUCAAAAAGAUGUCAAAGUUUUACUUCAAUUUCUAUUUUCAAUCCAGUACGAACACUUCAAUUUUUAUUAAGAGAAAUCAGUCAUUUACCUAAAGUUGAAAAGCCAGAUCUUACAAAUAUUGUUCAUGAUAUGCAAAUUGUAGUGGAAAGAAUUGUAGAUGAAUAUUCAGAAUUAACUAACCAAAAUUCAAUUACAAUAAAUGGUUUUUCAGCUAUUCUAACCAAAGGUGAACAUUUUCUAGAGAACUUAAAUGAUAAAAAAAACGGUAGCACAGUGGGGUCGAGGCACAGUGUAGACAAGGCAUACAUGGAACAAGUAUAGAUGAUACA